ACCUCACGGCGCGCGGCGCGGACGCGGCGGCGACGUCCCCCUCGGGGGACCCUCCUCAUACGCGGGAACUAUUUCGAGAUAGAGGGGCGGCGUUGGCGGCCAUGAUGGGUGUCAGCGGCGAGUAGCGACGUUACCUCGCUCUCCGUCAGUCGGUUUCGCGCUUCGACGUAUUGAUGCCGAGUAUCUCGGGGAGGCAGAGCGGCGCGCACAACGACGACAGACCCGGGUACGGAGCACCGUAAGUAGAAGGGACGCACGGUCUUGGAUCUUGGCGCCGACCUAGCCACCGCGCGCACGCACGCACACGGGGGCUGAAGUCUGCACGCGGCCGUAGCAGCGGCUGGGAACAUCUCUAUCUCUCUCUCUUGCGCUCCGCGGGGACUCCAGCGAGCCACCUCGGCGAAAAUGACGCAGCUACUGCCCAUAAGGUUCCAGGAACACCUGCAGCUCACGGCUGUAGGGAUCAACGCCAACAAUGUCAGCUUCAACACCCUCACCAUGGAGUCCGACAAGUUCAUUUGCGUUAGAGAGAAGGUCGGUGACACUGCCCAGGUGGUGAUCAUCGACAUGAACGACUCCGCCAAUCCUAUCAGAAGACCGAUAUCCGCCGAUUCCGCAAUUAUGAAUCCCGCUAGUAAAGUCAUCGCUCUCAAAGCCAUGAAGACACUCCAGAUCUUCAACAUCGAGAUGAAGUCGAAGAUGAAGGCUCACACAAUGACGGAGGACGUGGUCUUUUGGAAAUGGAUAUCGCUGAACACGCUGGCGCUAGUGACGGAGACUGCGGUGUACCAUUGGUCCAUGGAGGGCGACUCGACGCCGAAUAAGAUGUUUGAACGUCACUCGUCGUUAAACGGCUGCCAAAUUAUAAAUUACAGAACAGAUCCGAAGCAGACGUGGCUGCUGCUGAUCGGUAUCUCGGCGCAGCACAACAGAGUGGUCGGCGCCAUGCAGCUGUAUUCCGUGGAGCGAAAAUGCUCGCAGCCGAUCGAGGGACACGCCGCCUCGUUCGCCCAAUUCAAGAUGGAGGGUAACGCCGAGGCGAGCAAUCUGUUCUGCUUCGCCGUUAGAACGGUCCAGGGCGCGAAGCUUCACAUCAUCGAGGUGGGCCAGCCGCCCUCCGGUAACCAUCCGUUUCCCAAAAAAGCGGUGGACGUCUUCUUCCCACCCGAGGCCGGAAACGACUUUCCCGUCGCCAUGCAAGUUAGCUCCAAGUACGACGUCAUAUAUUUAAUCACGAAAUACGGUUAUAUACAUAUGUACGAUAUCGAGUCCGCGACCUGUAUAUUUAUGAAUCGCAUCUCGGGAGAGACGAUCUUCGUUACCGCCCCGCACGAGGCGUCCGGCGGUAUAAUAGGAGUGAAUCGGAAAGGCCAGGUCUUGUCCGUCUCCGUGGACGAGGAGAACAUAAUCCCGUACAUCAACGGGGUGUUGCAGAAUUCGGAAUUGGCGCUGAGAAUGGCCGUGAGAAACAAUCUGUCGGGCGCGGAGGACUUGUUUGUGAGGAAAUUCAAUUUGCUCUUCCAAAACGGUCAGUACGCGGAGGCGGCGAAGGUCGCGGCGAACGCGCCCAAGGGAAUACUGAGAACCCCCGCGACCAUCCAACGAUUUCAGCAGGUGCCCGCUACGCAGGGCCAAACGUCGCCCCUCCUGCAGUACUUUGGCAUUCUUCUGGAUCAGGGGCAGCUGAAUAAGUACGAAUCGUUGGAGCUGUGUCGGCCGGUGUUGGUCCAGGGACGUAAGCAGCUGCUGGAAAAGUGGUUGAAGGAGGACAAGCUGGAGUGCAGCGAGGAAUUGGGGGAUCUGGUGAAGCAAGCGGAUCCCACGUUGGCGCUUAGCGUCUAUUUGAGAGCCAACGUCCCCAACAAGGUCAUCCAAUGCUUCGCGGAGACCGGCCAAUUUCAGAAGAUCGUGCUGUAUGCCAAGAAAGUCUCGUACACGCCCGACUAUAUAUUCCUCUUGCGGAACGUCAUGAGGAUUAAUCCGGAUCAGGGUGUGGUGUUUGCGCAGAUGCUGGUUCAGGACGACGAUUCGCUGGCCGACAUCAAUCAGAUCGUUGACAUAUUUAUGGAGCAGAAUAUGGUGCAGCAAUGUACGGCGUUCCUGCUGGACGCGCUCAAGAACAAUCGGCCGAGCGAGGGUGCCUUACAGACCCGCCUUUUAGAGAUGAAUUUAAUGUCCGCCCCGCAAGUGGCCGACGCUAUAUUGGGCAAUCAAAUGUUUACCCAUUACGACAGAGCUCACGUCGCGCAAUUGUGCGAGAAGGCUGGCCUGUUGCAACGCGCUCUCGAGCACUACACGGAUCUUUAUGACAUCAAGAGGGCGGUGGUGCACACGCAUCUGCUCUCGCCCGAUUGGCUCGUAGGUUUCUUCGGCACCUUGUCCGUCGAGGAUUCCCUCGAAUGCCUCAAGGCCAUGUUAACCGCCAACAUACGGCAGAACUUGCAGAUCUGCAUACAAAUCGCGACCAAGUAUCACGAACAAUUGACGACCAAGGCGUUGAUCGACCUCUUCGAGAGCUUCAAGUCUUAUGAGGGCCUGUUCUACUUUUUGGGCUCCAUCGUGAAUUUCAGCCAGGAUCAAGAGGUGCACUUCAAGUACAUCCAGGCGGCGUGCAAGACCGGCCAGAUCAAGGAGGUGGAGCGCAUAUGUCGCGAGAGCAACUGCUACAAUCCGGAACGCGUCAAGAAUUUCUUGAAGGAAGCGAAGCUGUCCGAUCAAUUGCCUUUGAUCAUCGUGUGCGAUCGAUUCGACUUCGUUCACGAUCUCGUUCUGUACCUUUACCGCAAUAACUUGCAAAAGUACAUCGAGAUCUACGUCCAGAAGGUGAAUCCGUCGCGUCUACCGGUGGUCGUGGGCGGGCUGUUGGACGUCGACUGUUCGGAGGACAUCAUCAAGAAUCUGAUACUGGUGGUGCGCGGACAAUUCUCCACCGACGAGCUGGUCGAGGAGGUGGAAAAGAGAAAUCGGCUCAAGCUGCUGCUGCCGUGGCUGGAGUCUCGCGUUCACGAGGGCUGCGUCGAGCCGGCCACGCACAACGCCCUGGCCAAGAUCUACAUCGACAGUAACAACAAUCCCGAGAGAUUCCUCAAGGAGAAUCAAUUCUACGACAGUCGCGUCGUCGGCAAGUAUUGCGAGAAGCGCGAUCCCCAUCUGGCCUGCAUCGCGUACGAGCGUGGCCAGUGCGACCGCGAGCUGAUAAGCGUGUGCAACGAGAACAGCUUGUUCAAGAGCGAGGCCAGAUACCUGGUGAGACGCCGAGAUCCCGAUCUUUGGGCGGAGGUGCUGUUGGAGAGCAAUCCAUACAAGCGACCGUUGAUCGAUCAGGUCGUUCAAACGGCGCUGUCCGAGACGCAAGAUCCCGAGGAUAUAUCGGUCACCGUCAAGGCUUUCAUGACGGCCGACUUGCCUAACGAGCUGAUCGAGCUUCUCGAGAAGAUAGUGCUGGACAGCAGCGUGUUCAGCGACCACCGUAACUUGCAGAAUCUCUUGAUACUGACCGCCAUCAAGGCCGAUCGUACGCGCGUCAUGGAGUACAUUAAUCGCUUAGAUAACUACGACGCUCCGGACAUCGCCAACAUCGCUAUUAACAAUGAGCUUUACGAGGAGGCUUUCGCGAUCUUCAAAAAGUUCGACGUCAACACGUCGGCCAUCCAGGUGCUGAUCGAGCAAGUCGGCAACUUGGACAGGGCUUACGAAUUUGCGGAAAGGUGCAACGAGCCGCCGGUGUGGUCGCAGCUCGCCAGAGCCCAGCUGCAGCAAGGCCUGGUCAAGGAAUCGAUCGACAGCUUCAUCAAAGCGGACGACCCGUCCGCGUACAUGGACGUGGUGGAAACCGCACAUCGGACCUCGCACUGGGAAGACUUGGUGCGCUAUCUCCAAAUGGCUCGCAAGAAAGCACGCGAGUCCUUUAUCGAGAGCGAAUUGAUAUACGCAUACGCGCGAACCAACAGGCUCGCGGACCUCGAGGAAUUUAUAUCCGGCCCUAAUCACGCCGAUAUACAAAAGAUUGGCGACAGGUGUUUCGACGACAAGAUGUACGACGCCGCGAAGCUCCUCUACAACAACGUGUCGAACUUUGCGCGUCUAGCUAUAACGCUGGUGCAUCUGAAAGAAUUCCAGGGCGCCGUCGAUAGCGCGCGCAAGGCCAACUCGACGCGCACCUGGAAGGAAGUUUGUUUCGCCUGCGUGGACAGCGGCGAGUUUCGCCUGGCCCAAAUGUGCGGUCUGCACAUAGUUGUACACGCAGACGAGCUCGAGGACCUGAUCAAUUACUACCAAGAUCGCGGGCACUUUGAGGAGCUCAUCAACCUCUUGGAAGCUGCUCUAGGACUCGAACGGGCUCACAUGGGAAUGUUCACCGAGCUAGCUAUUCUCUACAGCAAAUACAAGCCUCAACGAAUGAGGGAACAUUUGGAACUCUUCUGGUCGCGCGUCAAUAUACCGAAGGUGCUACGCGCAGCGGAACAAGCGCAUUUGUGGGCCGAGCUGGUGUUCCUGUACGACAAGUACGAAGAGUACGAUAACGCGGUCCUCGCGAUGAUGCAACAUCCUACGGAAGCUUGGCGAGAGGGCCACUUCAAAGACGUAAUCACUAAAGUCGCCAACGUCGAGCUCUACUACAAGGCUAUACAAUUUUACUUGGAAUAUAAACCCCUUCUUUUGAACGACAUAUUGCUCGUGCUCGCUCCGCGCAUGGAUCACACCAGAUCGGUGGCGUAUUUCACGCGAACCGAUCAUCUGCAGCUGGUAAAGCCGUACUUGAGAUCGGUUCAGGCUCUCAACAACAAAGCCAUUAACGAAGCCUUAAACGGCUUGCUGAUUGACGAAGAGGAUUACCAAGGUCUUCGAACAUCGAUCGAUGCGUUCGAUAAUUUUGAUAAUAUCGCGUUAGCGCAGCAACUCGAGAAACACGAAUUGAUUGAGUUCAGGAGAAUCGCCGCGUACCUAUACAAGGGAAAUAAUAGAUGGAAACAGUCUGUAGAGCUGUGCAAGAAGGAUCGGCUGUUCAGGGACGCCAUGGAAUAUGCAGCGGAAUCCCGAAAUGCAGAAGUCGCCGAGGAAUUACUCGAGUGGUUCUUGGACAGAGGUUCUAAGGACUGCUUCGCGGCAUGCCUAUUUCAUUGUUACGAUUUACUUCAUCCGGACGUCAUCUUGGAGCUCGCCUGGAGACAUCGCAUUUUACAUUUCGCAAUGCCGUAUCUUAUACAAGUCGCGCGGGAAUAUAUUACUAAGGUCGAUAAAUUAGAAGAGGCCGAGAGCCGACGCAUUGAAGAAACUGAUCAUCAGGAACAUAAGCCUAUGAUUAUGCCGGAACCUCAGCUAAUGCUGACUGCAGGGCCAGGAAUGAUGGCACCUGGCUACGCGCCUCAAAACGUAUACGGUGCACCGGCACAAGUGUAUGCGUCCACCGCAGCCUACCAAGGUUACGGUAUGUGAAAUACGUUUAAGGAGACAGAUCAACAAAGUCUACUUUUCUAUAAAGUUUAGGUAGAAUGAGAUUGUUUUGUUAGCUUAAUAUCGUCAAAGCGAAUACGAAUGAAUAUCACUAGAAACGAUGAAUUGCCACGAUUUAGAUCAUGAUAAUAGUGUAACAAAUAGCGAAAUGCAUGGAGAAACGGCAUUAAUACGCUAUCACACGCUAUCUAAAUGUGAAUCUAUAAUUUAUAGGGGAAACGUCGAGCAAACAAUUAUAUUUCACGGUUUAAAUAGAUGUUUAAUGCGGAUUUUGCGCGAAAAACAUAUUGAAAAAAAAUUAUAUUUAAGAAAAACUACAAAACAAAAAAAUUGUCUUUUUUUUAAUGCAAAUUAUCGAGACUUUUCUAUUAAAUUAUUUAUCAUUGCACGGUCAGUAAAGAGAACUAUAUAUACGUUGUGUGAGCAAAGUAUAAUUUCCCUGUCUUUUACUGGCACAUAUAUGUGUGCGUCUACGUGCCUUUCUUUUGGCUACUAACAGGAAGCAAGCUUUUUUGGGCAAUGUUCGUGAAUAAUUCGAAAGCAAAAUCAACUGUAGAUCAGUUACAUCGCGUAUUUGUGUACAGAUUACCCACUAUUUGCUGUUCAAGCGAAAUUUCUUUAACUACGUACAGAACGUACGUUUGAAAGCGUUCGUUCGUUCUCUUUUUCUUAUCCUCGGAAAAAUGUUGGUAUCGUACGAGAUGUACAUCCUCGAAACAUUUUAGCGUGUGAUGAGUCACAGUGAAAAUUAACUGAGCCCUCGCAAAAUUGAAAUGUAACAAGCGUAUCCUUUAGACUGGGGUAGAUCGCGUAUCGUUAUAUCAGUAUUGUAACGACGAGAUCGAGACGGGGAGAAAAGCUGUAGACAUCAAUCUUGUUGGCGCUAUCUAUAACGACAUAUGACAUCGUUCUAUCUCUAUCCUGUAUGUACAUUUGCUUGAACAUAAUGCGAAGAUACGUGUUCGCCGAGUUAGCUUGAUUUGCGUAAACGAAAUAAAUCAUAAAAUAAAUCAUAGAUACCCGAAAUUGUCGGCGAGAUCUUAUCGUCUCAUUAAUGUACCGUAGUACAUAAAGUAGUUUGCCCGAGUUUCUUUUUUGUCCGAUCUACAUCGUGUAUCAUGCUUUUAACCUUUCGUUACUCAUUGCGCAAGCAGAUAAUUGCAGACAACUAGAGUUCGAGGAACAUAUUAAAGUUAAUUUGAUAAAGUCCAGCACGAGCGUCACCGUCACAUACGUUCACACCUUAGAGUUUCGAUAAUAUUUUCUACUCGUUUCACAUAUUUGUGUGCAUAAUAUCUUAUCCGAGAUAAUUGAUCGUUAUUCAUCACGUAGCUUGUUACGAACUAUGCCUAAAUUAUACAAGUAUUAAGAUGAAUUAUAUCGCGAUACCUCUCUGGAAACCGACAGAGAUGUAUUUUUUGUUGUACGCACUUGUUUUUUUUUCUUUUAAAUAUUUAUGCAUGUAUAAAAAGUGCUACGUCGACGCAUCAGGACUCAAUAUGUAUCAAGUACGACAAGCAAUUAAGAAAAAAAAACAAAUUAAUUUUGUAGUACAUCCUUUAACAUUCCUAAAUGUAAGCUACCAUGCUACGUGUAAUCUUAUAUCACUUAGUGAGAGAUAUCUCAUUUUUUUAAUCACAUCUCAAGAUAUAACGGGUUAUAGUUGUGUAGUCGUCUUUAUUUUAAAGCGCGCGAAGAGCGAGAGUUUGUACCGACGAACAGGUCACGUUACUACUGUGCCCAAGUAAAAAGUUUGUAUUACGUAAUAGUAAGAAAAAAAGAGCGAAGUUAGUUUGUUCGUCUCGUUUUCUACUCGUCCUCUUGAUCGCGCGGUACUUUCGUCUCUUUUUGGUACUCCACAGUUGAUCUUGCAGUGAUCCAGCUGUAUAUAUUUACAUAUAUAAAAGCGUUAGGACGAGAGAGGAGGAGGUCGGUAACAUGCCCUGGUACUGUUUCACUUUGAUCUAAACUUUAGCCAAUGAAAUUGUAGAGAUUGAUUAACAAAUAUAGUUGUUGUACUAAUUGAAAAUGAUUAUCAUUGUAUCAGUGUCAUGUUUGACCACUGCGGUUUUAAUGGAGCAUGGGUGGACACACUUCCAAGAUGACUACAUUAUUGUUCAAUAGUUAUGCACACCUUUCCAUAUGGACACAUGACACGAAGAGAUUUACACAUAUACAUACAUUAUAUAUAAAUAUAAUGCUAUAUUAUAUAUACGACUAUAUAUAUAAAUACUGUACCAUGUAAGUAGUAAAUAUUACAUUACCAAUAAUGUAAUAUCCUGUAAUUGUAAUAUCCUACGAUAAUAAUCUGCAAAGGAAUGCUGAAAGAUAUGAAGAAAUAAAAGAAUUCUAACAUCUA